UCUCACAAUCCCCACACCAACAGCACUCAGUCCAAUACUUCCUCUACACCUAUCAAUCUUUAAUUCAUUAUUUGACCGUCCUCAUUCCGUCUUUAUAUAAUGGUUCCGUACAAGCUCUUGACGGGCCUCCUCGUCGCCUCCUUGCUAUCGAUCAACUGGCGCAUCUCCAAAACCCGCCGUGUCUCCACGAAAAUCCCCGACUCUAUUAACCCCGAUGCAGUCAUCCAAGCUCUUCAUGACCAUAAGGCUUUUAUUGCACUGAAUCCAGUGAUUGUCGAUUUAACCCAGGUCCAAACUGACCCCGUUAUAUACGAGAACGAAUGGUUUCAGACCCCAGAGACCCAAGACCCCAUCGAGACAUACAUGAUCAAUAGCAUCAUUACAAUCAUCCCUGUGUCUUACUGGGGGAAACAUCACAUUCAGUUUCCGACUUGGUUGAGAAAUACCGAGACAGGCGUUAAGACCAAAGCCGACGCACCGCUCGGUGUAAUAGUGGGAAGUCAGUUGUCUGUUCAGCCGGAGAAUACAGGAGGAUGGAUGUUAGUAGUGGAUCUGAAUGUCAAAUGUGUAUGGUGGGUGAUGCCCUUUGUGGCGUGGACAUAUGAUCAAGUCUAUGCGAACAUUGUGCGAGAUCUGUUGAAGUCGCAGGAAGGGGGAAUUUGACACUGUGAUAUAAUACCAGUUUUCAGGUCCUGCUCCCGCUUCCAUAGAAGUCGUCUCAGGCCAUUAAAUUCAUGACCUGAUCGGAGGACAAAAUGCUUUACACUUACAGCUUAAUCAUAUACCGGACAUAGAGUUCUGUUUCUUUAGACUUAAUAGUAUUACCCUUUUGAUCUUGCGAAAUUCAAAGCCGAACUGAAUGGAGAAUGACAAUACUAUGCUGAAUAUAUACCCGAGUAAACAUG